AUGCCACCAUGGCGGACACCGCGAGUCCUUCUCACAGACUUUGCCUGGCCAAACAACAUCCCAGAAGUCCCAAGUGACCAGAUAUUACCAACCCCUGUCCAUUAUUACCUGAGAUUGUUCUCUCACUCAUGCUGUAACUGGGUCGGGAUUACCCGCAUAGAAGAGGUGUUGACUAUGAAAGUUGCCAGACAAGCAGGCCUUCCAGUCCCAAAAGUCAUUUGCUAUAAGGACCGUCCGGAUACUCCUCACGCACCAUGGAAGAGACCCUGGGGCGGGAAGAGAAUCUGCUCCCUCAUUGGCACUCCUAUUCGAAGUACCAGGGUCCCAGACCACCGUAUUGGCCCAUUCGAGACAGAGAAGGACUUCAACGAGUAUCUCAUUGAACCUGGUUCGCCGGGUGAGUUCCGAUCGAAGCGGGAGUACAAAGAAGCCUUGCGAUGCAGGGUACAGGAUGGUCGCAUCACAGGGCUUUUGGAUUGGGAGGCUGCUGGCUGGUAUCGCUUGAUUUUGACUGUAGGUGGCAUGGAUUAUAUGUUGAAAUUGGAGAUUGCACGAGCGUUGACGUCUUUAACUAGUGAGUCUUGUUCUUGGUGA